CGGCAAGUGCCGAUCCAUUCAUCUCUAAUUUUCACCUUACCGGAAUCGCUCGAACGUCACCGUCAGGUAUCCCCGAAAGUUAAUCACCUCAGAUUCUCCAUGCCGCCUCCUACCGGCCACCUCAACCAUGAUGGUGGUUCUCCGCCGCCGCCACAAAAACCGAACCAGAAGUUCCUAUCGUUAAUCCUCAAAGCAAUAAUCAUGCUCAUCCUCACCUCCGCCUUCUUCCUCCUGCUCCCUCUCGCUUCGGUCUUGCUCCUCCUUCCCCUUCUUCUCCGCCAUCAAUACCACCGUCGCCACCGCCAUGACUCUCCCUCAUCUGGGUUCUCCUCAAAACACCUUCGCAAGCUCCCGCAAUUCAGGUUCUCAAAACAAACCAGCAAUACCUAUUUCGAACCUGAUUGUGUUGUUUGCUUGGAGGGGUUCAAACAAGGCCAAUGGUGCAGGAAGCUUGAUGGAUGCGGCCACUUGUUUCAUAGGAAGUGCGUGGAUGCCUGGCUGGUGAAAAUCACAGCUUGUCCCGUUUGCAGGAGAAGGGUUUCCAUGAAUGAGGAUAAGGGCAUUUGGGAUUUUGGUGCGAAGAUGGCAGAAUUCGGGAUUUCUUAAAUUUGUAAGUUUGUUAGAAUGGAAUCCUUGCUUUUUGUAGAGUUUGAGAUUUGGUUGUGUUGCAGUGUACAGUUUCAAAUUUAAUAAAUAUGAGUUAACUCC